AUGAAGUCCGUCGUCUUCAAAGGGGUCAAGCAAGUUGCCUUUGAGGACCGGCCAAAACCUACCAUCCAAGACCCCAAGGACAUCAUCGUCAAAGUGAAGUACACAGCUUUGUGCGGAAGCGAGCUUCAUGUCUUUCGCGGGCAUCAACCUUCCGGAACCGGCUUCAUCAUGGGCCAUGAAUUUAUUGGCACCGUCGAUGAGGUUGGCUCUGCUAUUACCAAGCUUCAGCCUGGUGACGCGAUCGUCAGCCCCUUCACCGUGAGCUGCGGGGAGUGCUUCUUCUGCAAGCACGGAUUCUCAUCACGAUGUGACAAAAGCCUACUCUUCGGCACCGUUCCCCUUGAUGGAGCACAGGCUGAGUAUGUGAGAAUUCCGUAUGCUGAAAGUACUGUCGUAAAGGCUCCCGAAGAGAUUGACGACUUGAAACUAUGCCUCAUGGCGGACAUAUUUCCAACUGGCUGCUAUGCUGCAUCAAAUGGUCUGAAGGAUCUAAGUAAAGAGCAGGUCGAGGAUAGUAUUAUUGUUCUGAUCGGUUGCGGACCAGUGGGUAUUUGUGCGCUCAUCGCCGCGCUAGAGUAUAAGCCCAAGGCAAUUCUCGCAGUGGACGGUAUCGAGGCUAGACUGUCGCUUGCCAAGAGUCUUGGUGCCGAACCAUGGAACUACCUCACACAGAAAGAUGAGCUGGAAAAGCGAGUCAAGGAAUUGAGUGACGGUCGUGGCGCCGAUGUGAUCAUUGAGGUUGUUGGACAUAGCUCGGCUCUAGAUAUGGGCUUCAAGCUUCUUCGGCCCUGGGGAAUUAUUUCCAGUGUUGGUGUUCAUAAUGGAGAAAUUCCGUGGACUGGGAAUCAGGCCUACGGAAAGAACCUCACUAUCAAGAUGGGCAGAUGCCCGGUCAGGAGUAUCUUCGAGGAUUCUUUGAAGCUGCUUGCUAAGAAACAACAUCUCCUGGAUUUUAUGACCGCGACGGUAAUGCCACUGAGCAACGCUCUCGAAGGCUACGAGCUGUUUGACUCGAUGAAGGUUCAGAAGGUCAUAUUCGAUGCGGAGAAAUAA